UCUGGGAAGGAAAAGAUGGCGGGGACGUUCAAAAGCUCCGCUGAGCGGCCGAAUCAACAACAACAUAGAGUGUAAAUAAUCAAACGCAGUUCUGCCAUAAUCGCCGGAGACGGCUCAGCGGCUCACCUCCCCAGGUGACCCCGGUGACCAUGAACCGAGGCCGCGGGAGGUUGGAGCCUCCGGCCGCUGAGACGGGCUCUCCGCCGGAGCAGCACCGGGCCCCGGUGAGACCGAACCGGCUGAGCAGGAGCUUCAGACCGACUCAGACCGCGGCGGAGGGCCGCUCUCCGAAGAGCCAGCGGCCCAAGUUUAAGACCCCGACCAGGAUCCCCAGGUCCAGAGCAGCUGCUGGUUUCAGCGGAGAGUCUCCGCACAACGACUCCGACCUUCAGCACGACAUCGUCUGGGACGCCGCCUCGCCGUCACCCAACAGACUCGGGAAACGAGGGAGGAAACACGCGGCCGGAGCGGUGAACAUCUCUGAGCUCGUCAGCAGGAUCGCUCCCAAGCACGGCAGGCCGGAGGUCACAGAGCCCACGUUACAGCAGUGGAUCGGAGACAGCGCCGCCAUCCCCUGCACUCCAGACGUUCAAGUUCCCAAACCCAAGAAGAAAUCCCCGAGGCCGAACGCAGUGGACGACCUGCUGAAACUCGCCAAACAGUUUGACCUCAACAUGUUUCGUCAGGAUGAGGACGAGGCGGAGGACGAGGUGGAGGACGCGCACCAGCAGAGUGUGGAGCUCCUGUCUGACGACAUCUUGGAUUCUGAACACAACGACUUUUCACCGUCACUCCGUGGAAACGUUCCACCGGCUGUGAACGCAGCGGCUGGGACAGAUGUGCAGACUCAUCGGGAUCAACAUAUGGACGAAGAGCUGGACUUCCUGUUUGAUGGACCGACCCAACACGUAAGCGGAGAUUUAAGUCAGGUGUCGUCUGCUCAGCCGUCACAAGUUACACCUGCUCUCACCUCAGAGGCUUCUGGGAAAACUCCCACGACCAACACUAAAGGCGGCGGGGCAGCGAGCGACGAGUUCGAGGACGACUGGGAAAACGACGACUUGCUAAACGACUCUCUGGUGCUGCUGAUGACGCAGAACCCACAGAACUUCAGAGCUCCGCCUCUCUGCUCGACACAGAAACCACUUCAGCCUUCGGCCUGUGGAGACGCUCGCCUCGGCCAAUCAGCUGCUUCUAAAGCCCAAAAAGAAACUGGGAGACAAAGAGCGACUUUCAAACUGGAGUCUAAUCCAGAUUUCUCUGUGAAGAGAAUCCAGACGGACACGAGGACAAACUGGACGGUGGAUCCCAGCUCGAAGACGGCAGGUAAAGACUCCGAGCAGAGCAGGUGUUCCACCAGUGAGGGGCUUUCAGGUGAGACCGGGUCUCGGGGAACCUGGCACACAUCAAACGCCCUGAGGUCAGAUCAGAAACCUCAGUCGUAUCAGAGGACGUGUGUUUCUGCUGCGUCGACCUCAAACGCAUCACCUACAGAAGCCGCCCCCUCCCACGUGCCCCCCCCCGCCGCCGCCGCCGACUUCCUGGAUGAGGACCUGGACGCCUUCUUCUCCUCGGACCCGGUUUGGGACGACCCGGCCGACGACGACCUGCUGUGUGACAUGUGUGAAGACCUCGAGAACCAGAUCCAGAGCGGGGAUCACGUGUCCACCAAACAGACUCCGCCCACUGGUCAGACGUCCAACCAGAGAGCUGCUCUGCAACCGUCCAACAGAGCCUGGGACAACAGGAGCCGACAGCCAGCCAAUCAGAAGCCAUUUCACCAAAAACAACCCACGACUCUCCCCGGUGGUUCAGGUCGACCUGCUGGUCGUUCAUUGGCUGUUUCUGCAGGUGUACAGGUGAACACGGCGACGGAUCGAACACAAGGCGCCUCAGGAUCCGGCAGCUGUCUGUGGGGGGGGGGCAGGGUCCAGUCGGCUGCUGCAGCACCGCGGCCCCCGCAGGGGAAGACCGGCAAAGACCAGUUCACCUUCAAGAGGCCGGACAAUCCGGUUUCCACGGUGACCAGCAAAGCUCUGGGUAAAUGUUCGGCAGCAGAGAUCGAGCUGAAGAAGCAGCAGGCGAUGGAGAGAAGGCGACAGCGACUUCAGGCGACACAGAACCUCCGAGCUCCGACAUGACGGAGACGACAAGAACUCUGUCCUGUCCACAUGUCUGAGGGUCGGAGACAACAGAACCUGGACCUGCUGUCCCCCGUCUCCUCUGACCUCCUUCACUCCUAAAGAUUCAAACGUCUGAAUCGGCUCAAAAUAACGAGCUGGACAAAGUUAAUUGUACAAAUAUGUUCUUAAAGUAAAAUGAAAGUGUACUGUGAUGUCAUGUUUAUCUAUUCUGUAAUAGUUCUUUAAUUAUGAAAUCAGGAUGUUUUUAAGGAGCAGUGAAGCAUUUUGGGAAAGAUUCUUCAGACGUCUUCACCUUCAGAGAGACGACAGCAGGUGUGAGAGAGAGGGAAUCUCACGUCUGUGCUCGGCAGUUUCACUCUUCACAAAUUCAUUUAAUAGAGAAAGUGCUGCCGGUUAAACUGAACUGAACUGAACACGGUUACCGCUACUCACUGUAAACAGGCGGGAAACACUCGCCAUCUGAACACGCCAACGCCUCGUCCUUGAAAAUCUAAUCUCCAGAAAAAUAUUGUCUUCUCCUCAGGCCAGUUACCAAAAAAAACUGUCCUUAUUACAUUUCUAAGCUCAUCAAUAACGUGUUAAUCAGUUGAUCAGCUUCAGACCCAGGCUAGCUGCUAGCUAUCCUAAGCUAAAACACUCAUGGAAGGAAAGUGAAUGAAUGAAUUUCCCAAAGUGUUGAACUGUUCCUUUUAACAUCAGGUCGUAUAUGAAGACAUCUUUUUAAGGUGGAAAUGAUUGAUCUGAUUGAUGACUCGUCUGAUUUUAUCAACAAACUAAAGUCACUUUGUCUCACAUGUUGUCAUGGAAAUUAACUCCAUGUUUACACACGAGUGAAUCUGCGUAUAAAUAAAAAUGACUCAAACAAAA